AUGGGGCUGUUUGAUCGAGGUGUUCAAAUGCUUUUAACCACCGUUGGUGCUUUCGCUGCCUUCAGUCUGAUGACCAUAGCUGUGGGAACCGACUAUUGGCUCUACUCCAGAGGGGUUUGCAAGACCAAAAGUGUCAGUGAGAAUGAAACCAGCAAAAAGAACGAGGAAGUUAUGACCCAUUCUGGAUUAUGGAGAACCUGCUGCCUGGAAGGGAACUUCAAAGGUCUCUGCAAGCAAAUCGAUCACUUCCCAGAGGAUGCAGAUUAUGAAGCUGACACAGCAGAAUAUUUCCUCCGGGCUGUGAGGGCCUCGAGCAUCUUCCCGAUCCUGAGUGUGAUUCUGCUUUUCAUGGGGGGACUCUGCAUCGCAGCCAGCGAGUUCUACAAGACUCGACACAACAUCAUCCUGAGUGCCGGCAUCUUCUUUGUGUCUGCAGGUCUGAGUAACAUCAUUGGCAUCAUAGUGUACAUAUCUGCCAAUGCCGGAGACCCUUCCAAGAGCGACUCCAAAAAGAAUAGUUACUCGUAUGGCUGGUCCUUCUAUUUCGGAGCCCUGUCCUUCAUCAUCGCCGAGAUGGUCGGGGUGCUGGCCGUGCACAUGUUUAUCGACCGGCACAAACAGCUGCGGGCCACGGCCCGCGCCACGGACUACCUCCAGGCCUCCGCCAUCACCCGCAUCCCCAGUUACCGCUACCGCUACCAGCGCCGCAGCCGCUCCAGCUCCCGCUCCACCGAGCCCUCACACUCCAGGGACGCCUCCCCCGUGGGCAUCAAGGGCUUCAACACCCUGCCGUCCACGGAGAUCUCCAUGUACACCCUCAGCAGGGACCCCCUGAAGGCCGCCACCACGCCCACCGCCACCUACAACUCCGACAGGGAUAACAGCUUCCUCCAAGUUCACAACUGUAUCCAGAAGGAGAACAAAGACUCUCUCCACUCCAACACAGCCAACCGCCGGACCACCCCCGUAUGA